AUGUAUCGAUGGGCGGCGAAGCGGCUGCUACCGGUUCUGGGCUGCCGAAAUCCUCAUUUCCGAUGCUCAUCCUCAGGCAGUCGAGCCGUAGCAGGUGUUAUAGACUCGGCGCGAUUUUCAACAUCAGCUGCCUCGGAGACAAUUCGUGACCAAAAUCACAAUUUUGACUCUUUUGCAUCAUCAUCUUCUAAGGCGUGGAGCCAAGAAGAAAGGUCGAGUUCCCACGAUGAAACUCAUCGAUGUAGAACUACGACUCGACCUAGAGCUCACUGGCAGGAUGAACAGAAGCGUGUUCUUCAUGCAUCUCUCCGUCACGUGAUACGGUUGGGAUGGACUGAUGCGGCAAUGAUAGCUGGAGCACGGGAAUUUUUCAUGGAUGAUUGUCUCCAAAGGCUGAUUGACAUUAUUGACUUGCAAGAGGAUUUAACAAAUUUAAUACCCAGUCAUUGCAUUGCGAAGCUUGUGAGAAUUCGCCUAGAAAUGCAGGCUCCUUACAUUUCAAAGUGGCCUCAAGCACUGAGCAUACAGGUGCAACCCUUAAAUAUACCAACGAGCUUCAAGCAGCGGGCAAUGCUUGUUGAUGAGAUUUGGCAUGCUGCCAAGGAUGAAGCUGUUGAUAUUGAUUGGUAUGCAAAGUGUACAGUCCUUGGUGGGAUAUAUUCCACAACUGAGCUGUACAUGCUGACUGAUACUUCUGUAGAUUUUCAGGACACAUGGGAAUUCUUGGAUGGAAGAAUCAGAGAUGCUUUUGAUCUAAAGAAGUCGGUUCAAGAGGAAGUUACUGCGAAGUAUUUGGCUGAAGCAGUUGGUGCUGGGAUUGGAAGUUCCUUUCCAGGAUUUGUGAAGAGAGUUUUCAAUGGUGAAUAA